GGAGAGGCACGUCUGGGCUGCUCUGCUUGCCCUGUUGCCUCUGCGACCCUGAAAUGGACCAAGUGGUUUGAAAAGGGAUGGAUGGAUGGAUCUUUUUCGCCUGUAGUCAAAACAAACUUCUUGUUUUGUUUUUUUUAGAAAUUAAACUGCAGGAGUGUUUUAAGCUUCUUUUAGUCUCUAGAGUUUAAAAUAGUUCUAACGUGUUUUUAACCCGUGUCUGGAAAAGAGACCAGCAGAUGGAGAAUACCUCCAGCACCAUGCAGUAAUGUGUGUUUAUUCAUCAAUUUAACUGCUGUGCAUGGUGGGAAAGCUCUAUCCACGUGACUCCAUAAUCAAAGGCUUCAAGUGUAGAGAAUUGUUUAUAUGUAAAAAAUAUUCGUAUAGGCAGAAUUUUUAGCCCUUAAUUGAAAGUUGUUUGAAGAAAUGUACAUUUACAAAAAAAAAGAAGAUUUUGAAUUUGUGUUCUUUUAAAAAAAAUUUUGUCUUUGGGUUGAAGUCCUGAUCGUUCUUCACACUUUACACGUAACUCUCAAGCCAAGGUUUUAAGGGACGGUUCACUUUUUACUUAAAACAUACACAACUGAAAUUUUUUUUUUUGCCCAGACAGUUUUCGUGUCAUAAAAGGUAUUGUACACUACAUGGUCAAAAGUAUGUGGACACCCGAACAUCACACACACGUUCUUGUUGAACAUCUCUUUCCAAAACCAUGGACCUUCCUUUGGUGCUAUAACAGCUUCCACUCUUCAGUGCUUUCCACUAGAUUUUGGAACAUGACUUGGGGAUUUCGCUGACAUUCAGCCGCAAGAGCAUUAGUGAGAAAGGGGACUGAUGUUAGGCGCUAAGGCCUGGCUUGUAGUCGGCAUUCCAGUUCAUCCCAAAGGUGUUCGAUGUGUUUGGGGUCAGGGCUCUGUGCAGGCCAGUCAAGUUCUUCCUCACCAAACUCGACAAACCAUUACUUUAUGGACCUCACUUUGUGCACAGGGACGUUGUCAUGCUGAAACAGGAAAGAGCCUUCCCCAAACUUCUGCCACAAAGUUGGAAGCACACAAUUCUCUAGAAUGUCAUUGUAUGCUUUAGCAUUAAGAUUUUCCUUCACUGGAACUAAGGUGCCUUGCCCAAACCACGAAAAACAGCCCCAGAUUUGGGGUAGGUAGUGUUCUCUUGGCAUUCGCCAAACCCAGAUUUGUCCGUCACACUGCCAGAUAGUGAAGCAUGAUUCAUCACUACAGAGAAUGAGCUUCCACUGCUCCAGAGUCCAAUGGCAGUGUGCUUUGCACCCCUCCAGCCGAUGCUUGGAAUUGUGUGUGGUGAUCUUAGGCUUGUGUGUGGUUGUUCAGCCAUGGAAACCCACUUCAAGUUCCCGACAAACAGUUCUUGCUAACGUUUCUUCCAGAGGCAGUCUGGAACAUGGUAGUGAAUAUUGCAAGCGAGUACAGAUUACUCUUACGCACUGGCGGCCCUGCUCUGUGAGCUUGUGUGGCCCACCGCUCUGCGGCUAAGCUGUUGUACCUCCUAGAUGUUUUCACUUCACAAUAACAGCACUUUGUUGGCCAGGGCAGCUCUAGCAGGACAGAAAUAUGAUGAACUGACUUGUUGGAAAGGUGGCUUUCUAUGACAGUGCCAUAUCGGAAGUCACUGAGCUCUUCAGUACGACCCAUUCUAUUGCCAAUGUUUUCUUAUGGGGAUUGCAUGGCUGUAUGCUUGAUUUUAUACACCUGUUAGCAAUGCUUGUAGCUGAAAUAGGCGCUCGGAGGCGCCCACUAAUUAGAAGGGGUGUCCACAUACUUUUGGGCAUGGCCAUGUAGUUCAUUUAGCAAAGUUUCUGACGAUCCUCUUAACAUGCCGACUACACUACCCACCACAAGAUGGCGUGAAAGUUAUUGCCGUUCAUAAAAAAAAAUUUAUUUAGGAUGUAAAUCCUGAAUUUCCUUAAAUUUGACCUAUUUGCUCUUAUAAAAUGAAAUAUAUUAGAAUGUAGUGCUGUUAUAAAUGCUAAAUCUGUUUUCAUACAUGUUAAGAAAUUAAUAAAAUAAAUUAAUCAAUUGUUAGAAGGUUUGCAAGCAUGGCAAAGUGCAUACAAAAUAUACAGAUGUAGGCCAAAGGUAUUGCACUUCUUCAACAAAUGAAACAAAAGCGCUACAGACAGAAUUUCUCCUGAUAUUCCGGGGGACCGUGUACGAUAGGUUGUAGGCAGCGGGAUGCAAUCCAGACAGCAGUCUGAGCUGUGUGUGCAGACAUUGCUUACUGUGCGUAAAUUUGUCUCAAAGUAAACAUGGAAAUGUAGAAGGACCCUUUUCACAAAACUUAGCAUCGUUGCACAAAUGUCUCCGUUUAUACUGUGGGAAAAGCAAGCACUGCAGUGUAUGGUGAGGGUAUAAAGUGGCGCUCUGGCUACUGUCGCGUUCUAACCUGUCGGGUGCGCGCUUCUUGGAAACAAGUCUACGGUUAUGAUCAGGUUACCAGGUGCGGUCACUGGCAUCAUGAGCUCUGAGCUAAUUAGAUUUUUAUGUAUGAUAAUUUGAAAGCAGGUAACUGUCGAGCGAAGGCAUCCUCGAAGACGCGCAACGAGCGCAAAGCAAGGGGUUGAAGACAUAAAAACCGGACUGUUUCUGAGAUUGAAUACAGUCGCUGUGUGGGGGCGGAUCAGCGAGGACAAGUGCUGGGAAAUACUGUGGUCCUGCAAGUGAAAGAUGAACAAAAACCACCGAGGGCUAAGCACCGAAACUCCGAGCGCCAUGGAGGUGAAGAGCAAGUUUGGAGCAGAAUACCGGCGGUUCUCGCUGGAGUGGUCAAAGCCGGGUCGAUUUGAAGAGUUCUAUGGUCUCCUCCAGCACGUGCACCGCAUUCCCAAUGUGGAGCUGCUGGUGGGCUACGCCGACAUCCACGGAGACCUGCUGCCCAUCAACAACGACGACAACUACCACAAGGCCCUCUCCACCGCCGGCCCACUGCUGAGGGUUUUCCUGCAGAGAAGAGAGGAAGCAGAUGAGUCCUCCUUUGGCUCUCCAGGGCGCUUGAAGAAGAAAGCGGCCCUGCUUCGGCCCGACGGGCAGCGCAAGCAGCCAGCGGUGGCCAUCAGCCUGCCGCGGGACUUCCGGCCGGUGUCCUCCAUCAUCGACGCGGACGUGCUGCCGCACGGCCUGCGCCGGGUUCGGCUGUAUCAGCAGGGCCGCGAUCGCCCGCUGGGCUUCUACAUCCGCGACGGCUCCAGCGUGCGCUUCACGCCGCGCGGCCCGCGCAAGGUCCCGGGCAUCUUCAUCUCGCGCAUGGUGCCCGGCGGGCUGGCCCAGGGCACGGGGCUACUGGCCGUGGAUGACGAGGUGCUGGAGGUGAACGGAAUCCAGGUGUCGGGGAAGACCCUGGAUCAGGUGACGGACAUGAUGGUGGCCAACAGCCACAGCCUGGUCCUCACGGUGAAGCUCGCCGGCACGCCGUGUCAGGGCUGGGUCAGCGCAGUUCAGCAACCCAGCUGCCCUGCGUCUGCGCGGGCCACGGCCACUCAGGCCACACCCACCGCCUACGCCAUCCAGAACUUCCUGUUGGAGGAGCUGGGCUCAGACUCAGCGGAGGAGUGGGAGGAUGAGGAUGACCUAGUGAAGGAGCUGGGAGCCGAGGUUACUCCCACAUUGCCCAGCUACAGCUCACACCUGGACCUGAGGUCUAACAGCAACACAGACUCACUGAGUACUCUUGAAAGUGAAGAGGGGUUUGUCACAAAGCUGUAGUCUCACACAUGCAGACAGACUCAAGGCUCAUCUACGCUCCAUGCGUAGUUGCUGCGGUGCAAAGCCGCAUGCACUGCGUCCAUUAUACCCAGUAUGCCUGUGUCCAUCUAUGUUCAUAGUGCCAACUCUAUCAAAUUUUAUGGGGGAUGGGGGAAGCUAGAACAUGAACAAAGCUAUGUGAUAAAAACAUUUUUUUAUGGUAGCCUUGCAUCUUGUAAGUCGUUUUGUUAUAAAAUAUAAGCAAUAUCAAUAACAAAAU